AUGAAAAAUAUUAGGAAGAGAUCAAUACGUAUAUAUAAUAUAGCGACACUAUUUUCAAACACUCGGAUUCUUUCAACUCUUGUCACGGUAACUGCCUCUAAUUUCGCAAGUGGAGCUGGCUCGGCUGCUAAUCAAGGUGAUUCUCUUGUUGACCGUAGUGGAGGCGGAGGUUUCAACUCUGGUGGCAAUGUUCCUCAAUAUGUACAACUAGAGCUUCCAGGUACAUACAAUGUUACCACUAGCCUUCCAAAAUUAAAUCCAGUUUAUGCAAAAAAUAUUAAAUUAAUGAAAUGUAAAUCAUCAUCAGUAGAAAAUAAUUCAAAUGAAAUAACAGUUCGUUUACAUGAUAAAGUUGGUUUGGUUAAUAUUGGAAAUACAUGUUAUUUGAGUGCUAUUAUGCAAGCUUUAUAUGCUUGUACAAAAUUUCGAAUGUGUGUCUUGAAUAGUGAUAUAUUAUCGUCAAAUUAUGAAUUAUUAAAAUCAUUACAAAAUUUAUUUGCAUUUUUGGCACUUUCACAAAGAUCAUGCUAUCGACCAGAAAGAUUUUGGCUUCAAGCUAAACCAUCUUAUUUUGAACGUAAUCAACAACAAGAUUGUCAAGAAUUUCUCAGACAUUUACUUGAUACACUUCAUGAAGAAGCUAAAAGAACAAUACAAAAUGAGUAUGGAAUGUUAUUUUUAUCCAGUGAAGAAUUUUAA